UAUAUUGAGAGGAAUGAUGAGUGAGAUAGAAUCAGAGAGAUACACCAGUCAGCGGUGGCGUCCUACCGAAAAUCAGACCCAGAUGAUGACCAGAAUCUACAACUUUGGGGUCACACACCCAAGCAGAGCGCAAGUUGUCGAGAUCACGUCUCGACUAAGGAUCUUCGGAGAUGCCAGCGAAUACAACGUGCACUGCUGGUUCAACAACCACGGCAAUCGGGUCAGGCGCUGGCAAGCGGAGAUAGACCCCACUGGCACUCAGUUUUCACAACUGCCGCUAUAUAUGUAUGAAUACGACUGGGUGAUAAUGAGGGCACCGAGGCUGCUGAAUCUGUUUCCCGUUCCGAUCAUCAUUGACGAUGAUAGAGAUGAGAGACAAAUCCCUCCACCCAUGCUUCUCACAUUCCGAACCAGAGCUCCCUCAACGGAGCUCUCCCUUAGACCACCACAACCAGCUCGAGAAUUCUUCCAGUUUUAGUGUUUUA